AUGUCGACUCCGCCGACUCAGAGUCAAUUGGGGCGUCCUACACCGCGUCGCCACGCGAUUCCCCCUUCAAUUGCUACCCCGACCCCUCCAAAAUUUACUGACAAGUGGGAUGCUUCUUUAGAUCGGGAUCCCUCUGCAUCUUCCGCCCCUUUGGCGUCUACUCCUCCGUUGCCUCCACGGGAUACGCGCAAUCUGCGUGACGAACCGCGUCUGGCUCCCUCUUUGCUCUUGUCCUCUCCUCCCUCCGGAGACUCGAGUAGCGAGGCCGCCUCUCGCCGCGCGGAAGAAGAAUCUCUCGCCUCUUCGCCCGACAAUCGGAGAGCCGAAAGUAGUGUCUACUAUACUACUGCCUGGGGGUCACCGUAUGCAGCACCCAGCACGCGGCGACUCUCAUUGACUCUAAGCCAAUACGCCGGUGUUGACCGCGGAUCUGGUGCCAGCUCGCCUGAUAAUCACCCCGAGCUCCGGAGAGCUAGUGUCGCUGUUAACGCAGAACAACAUUUCGAGCGACGAGACGGAAACGCCGGUCGGACUUUCACAGAUUUUACUCGGGAUUGGCUCAACCAGUUCCUGAACGGACAACCAAGGACAGAACGGAGCAACUGGCUUAGCGACGAUUCUGGAAGCGAGGCCCCGUCUUUUCUGACCGCGCAACAAAACCAGAUCGCGGACGAUCUCUCUGACGACUGGCUUGCUCUGGACGAUACAGUUCUUGAUAGCGAUCUCUUGAAAACACCGACCCUUUCUGAUUUUGUUGGUCGAAGAGACGCUGCUCGUUCCAAGACAAAGAAAGCUGCACACAAGCGUGCCGACACAUUGCGCCAGGAAGACUUUUGGGGGUUCGCGUACGAUAAAGAAUCCCCUCAAAAAAUGUCGGACGUAACUGAGUCACAGCCUCCGGCUGAGACAAUCGAUGGACCUUCAUCAGUUGGAGAUAAUAUAAAGACGCAGGCCUCUGAGAUCAAUCGAGAAGCUACUCAGACCCCGCAAAGGCGGAAAAAGAAGCUAGCAUGGAAAGGAAAAGCGUGCAUCAUCGAUCUUCCCGUCGACGACAAUCGGGGGUCCGAAGCGGCCGGUGGUAAACGUCUUUUGACUCGUCAAGAUUUGGAAGCUAGAAUGAAGAAGUGGGAGGAUGAAGGAUACGAUAUUCGAGGAUUCACAAUUGGCGAGAUGGAUGACUCGGCGGGCCCAACAGAACUCGGCGGCCUGACUCGUCCUUUGUACCCUGAUCCGUCAGAGGUAUACGAGGAGGGCAAAGGCCAAAAAGCCUUCAUUCGGUUCCCCAACCGAGCAGUGUGGGAUGCCUAUGUGGCCGAUUUGCAAGAAGAGAAGCUCCGCGCUCUAGGUGUAUCAUUUGGUGAUGAUGAACCAGGCCCCUCUGUCUCUCCUUCGAAUGCCUCGAUUAAUCCACCUCAACCACCUUUUGGUCUCGUUGGAUCACCACCAAUCCCAACUGCGUCUGCUGCUGGCAACCAUCUUGCUGCAACCUAUCCUUUCUCUCCCCAAUUCGGCCAGUCGACAGGGGCUGCCAGCGGUGGUAUUGGUUCUUUAGCCUCGCCAGCAUCGCAGUUCAGUGUGCACACUCCGUUCAUGGGCAUGGAGCAAAAUAUGAUGCCAGGCUUGCCAUUCCAAUUCCAGCCGACUCCCCCUGCGCAAGGUUCUAUGACUCCGCAGAGUCUUCUUCGACAUGCCAACGGCUCGGCAGGACCGGGAGGAUUCCAUAACUUCAACUCUAUGCUCUCACCAGUAUCUCCUUUGCAUGAUCAAGGGUAUGCUGGAUUCAAUGAGGGAUUCACUGACAAGGAUGUAUAUGAUGACCGGUUCCCCCACAUGGGUCAUGAAGAUGGCCCUCCCUUCCCUACUCCUCAAACUCCUGUCAACGCUCCGGACCAAUUUCACGCGAAUGUUGAAAUUGCCCACCCCACGCCACGUGGCCACGGUCACAACUUGAGUGAGAGCCUCCAGAGGGGACUUGAUCAGAUGAAUCACUCUGAGUAUCGCCCUGAUGACCAAGCCGAACGCCACGUGCCGCAAGGAGAAUAUAACAAUCAUCAUGGUCUGAAUGCCAACAUGCUCCAGUCUCGCUGGGCUAUGCCGGAAGAUGAGCCUCAACGCGUCCAACACGCCUCUCGCGAGCCUUCACACUCAUUCUCCCAACACCCACACCAGUUCUUUGGCGAGCAGUACGGACAGAACAACGUCCAUGAUCACGAGGGCUCCGAUUUGGAUACCAACCCCAGCCUUACUGGAACCCCUCAGACGCGGGGCUUGCCGAACCAGUCAUGGCACGAGCCACACGCGAGCGGCGGCUCAUUCCACGGCCACAACUCGAAAUUGUCGGUUUCAUCGCUUAAUGUUGAAGCCAAGGAAUUCGACCCGUCGGCCUCUUUCACUUCUCAGGCACCGGCCCUCGGCCAAAACGCGUUUCAGUUUGGAGGAAGCUCCGGAUUUGGCUUUGAACCAGCACACAGCUUUGGUUCUCCCGGUUUCAUGGAUGCCCCUGCCCCUGAGUUUGGCCCUAAGCGCAGUACCUUCAAAUUUUCUGCCCCAUCUUUCAAUGUGGAUGCUCCAGUUUUCAACCCAUCUGCCAGUAUGCACUCAAAUGCCAGCUCUGAGGCACCUUCAGCAAACCGGAUCAAGAUCUUUGGUGAUAUUGAUAUCAGUAAGCCCCCUAAGCAGUCGAAGGCCAUCCCAAUUGUCCGCCCAGAUGAGGUCGAAAAGAAAGACCAGGACGACAAGGAGGAUAACAAGAACGUGGAAGAUGACCAUAGCCGGCCCGUCUUCACUGACCGUCACAAGCGCGCUCGUCGGGCCAUGGGACAUGCUUCUGAGCCUGAGAUGCGUUACAGCAUUUCUACCCACCCAUUCGGCGAGCACGGAAAUGCUCAAGCCUCCAGCAAUUUGCACCCCGUGGCUGAGGGCAAGGAGAACUCUUUGCCCGAUGAAGGCAAAAACAUCGAUCGCCGUAGCAGUCCGGUGAGCGAAGCUGUUAUUCUCUUCAAUUAUGAGAACGAAGUUGAUGCAGCCCAAUCAUCUGUUCAAGGAGGGCCCGAGGCACAGGAGAACAUCGAGAAACCUGCUCAAGAAAACGUUCCGGAGGCCAGCAGUUCAGCCAAGCAUGCUACCCAAGACUCUAAAAGCAACGAAUCUAUCUUGUCGCCAACGGCCAAGGCUUUCGAGUUCAAGCCUGCUGUCCCCGAAUUUGUACCCACUGCUGUUCAGCCUUCAAGCUUUGCCGAAUCCAAGCCUAUUGAAGACAAAACAGAGGAAGCAGCCGAUACUUCUGCACCUAAACCGGCCGAGAAGAGGAAGGGCGGUCUCAUGGCAUCGCGUUUCGCUACUGACAGCCCACCUAAGUCCAAGCCGCCGCCAACCUCUGAGACAAUCGGGACCGUCCCAUUAAAGGCUUCAGUGGAAAUCAACGCUGCUGCUCAGGCGAUGCUCGAGCGCUACCGCGAAUCUACCGAGGAAUCUACCGACCAAGACGACAUCGAUGCUGUUAUGGAUCAACUGAACCACUCUGAUGAUGAGUUGGGCAUUGAAAGACAGUACACUCCCCUUCCCUCACAGUUCGUGUCUGACUCUGUUGGUGGUCCUACUAAGGAGAAACGUUUUGGUUCUGCCGAAGGACGAAGUGAAGCACCCAGCCCCAGCCCUGGCGGAGGUCCCAGGACACAUAAGCUCGACAUUCCAAAGCUGGGCUCUGAUGUUGACGGCCAGAGCAACGUUACCUUCUCGCCCCAGAAGUCCCUCAUCUCACGCCUUCAAUCGCCCGUUCGUCAGCUCAUCACUGAGAAUGACCACGUCAGUGACUGGGAUGAUAUGAUAUCGUCUGGCGAAGACGAGAAAUUCUUCAACCGUAACCGUUUCUUCGACCGCCGUAUCAACGACCUCGUCGGUGCUGCUAUUGAUGACCGCCUCGGCCCGAUGGAUCGCGCUCUGGCCGUUAUCCAACAGUCCGUCGCCUCUAUCGCCUCUGGCACCGCCACCCGACGUGCUCUGCGCAGCGGGUCCGCCGAAAUGGAGGACAGUGACGCUGAUGACGAAGACGAUGGAGAUGAGAUGGAGGGAUCAGUCAGAGCUCGCUCGCCUCCACAAAAACGUGACCGCAAGCUUGACUUGAUGAAGUCUGUUAUGAUGGAAGCUCUGGCUACUCACAGCCUGACUCCUCGCCCACAACCCGGCAGCCAAAGCGAAAUGAACCUCCUGAAGGAGCAUCUUGCCCGUCUUGAAGCUACGAUCAGUAAGAAGAUUAUCAAGGACCCUGUUGCUGAGAUCAAGCAGAGCAUUGCGGAUGCUCUUGAGGCGAACCAGGAAAUGCAGGAAAUGGCCAAACAACAAGCGCGUGCGCGCGACGAAGUCAUUAAUAAUCUCAAUGUUCAGUUGAAGGCCCGUGAUGAGGAAGUCGAGGCACUGAAUCGCCAAGCGCAUGCCCGCGACCAGGACAUCAAGGAGCUCCACCAACAGGUUGAUGCCCUCCGCGCCACGCUCAAUCACUCCGCUGAACCCGACCGUGGCAUUGUUGAUAACUCGGAAGUUCAGAGACUCUUGGAGGAGAAUUUCAUUCUCAGGGAAGAGAAUCAGACUAUCAAGGAGGAUAAUCUGAACAUCAACAAGAAGGUCAAGGAAGACUUGGAGACUUUUGCGAGCGAGAACAACAACCUCAAGCAGGCCAAUAAGGAACUGGAAGAGCGAUUUGCUGAGCUAUCUGUGAAGAACAUUGAACUCGUCAAUGAACAGAAUGAUGGCCGUCAACUUGAGCGCAAGAACCAGCAGCUCAUCAAACAGAAUGCUGAGCUUCAAAGCGAACGCGAUGAGCACCUUGCUUCCCUUGACAAACUUCGCAAUGAGCUUGCAUCUUCUGCCGAUGAGAACAGUUCUCUUCGCUCGAAGGCCGAGUCCCUGCGUAUUCGUAUGGAGGAGAGCCAGACCCUCCGAGCGACUCUUAUCGAAGAGAUGGACAAACUCAAAGAUAAAGUUACCACUCUCACCAGCGAUGUUGUCAAGAGCCACGCAAUUUCCCGCAACAAGGAGCAAGACCUCACCACUGAGCUCACCUUCGAGAAGAGGGUCCGAGAGUCUCUUGAGAAGGAGCUUGCAGCUCAUGAGGCUAAGCAGAAGGUGUUCGCCGAGAUCCAGGUCGAACUUCAGAUGGUGAAGCAGCAGAACCAAGACCUCACCUCUAAGAACGCCGAUCUGAGGGAUGAGCUUGCAGAAGCUAAGCGUACUCGCGCCUCCAUCGAAGCUGAUGUCCAAGCAGCCACCAGCCGAACAGCCGAAGCGGAGGCCCGCAAUGCUAGUCUUCAAAAGGAACUGAAUGAGGCCCAGCUGGCUGUUCAAGUCGAAGAGGAACGUCGCACCCUUCUCGUCAGCGAGAGUGAAACUGCCCAGAACACCAUCGCUGGCCUUGAAAACUCCCUGCAAGGCCUUCGCGCGCACUACGAGAAUGUUCUCUCCGAAGACAAGGCGCGCAACGAGCUUCACACGGCAAAGGCUCUGGAUUUGGCAGGAAAGGAAACAGAGAUGUACAAGAAACGCGCGGAGGAGCUGGAAGUCCGACUGAAGAUUGCCGAGUCUGCUGCUCGUGCUGCCGCCGAAGCCGCCCAGUCAGCUAAGGCAAACCCCAUCUCGGUCGCUGGUCCUACCCCAGCGCCUGUACACACGACUGCGCCCUCCAUGUCCUAUAACCAGGCGUCUCACGAACCUGAUAGGAUCUCCCCACAGGCACUGCGUGAGUCCAUUCUGGUUCUUCAGGACCAGCUUCAGCAACGCGAGACCCGUAUUGAGGAGCUUGAGCAAGAGUUGUCUACCGUGGACAAAGAUGCCCCUAACAAGCUGAAGGAGAAGGACAGUGAGAUCAACUGGCUCCGUGAACUGCUUGGUGUGCGCAUUGAUGAUCUCCAGGACAUCAUCAAGACCCUGUCACAGCCCACCUUCAACAAGCACGCUGUCCGUGAUGCCGCCAUUCGCUUGAAGGCCAAUCUGCAAAUGCAACAACAGGAGAGAGAACGUGCUUUGUCAGGUGGACUUGGUGCUCUUCCUUCCAUUGCGGACAUUGCCGCCUCCCCACGCAAUCUUCCUCUCGCGGCUGCCGCUGCCUGGGGAAACUGGCGAAAGGGCCGAGAGAACGCCAAUGGAGGCUCAAACUCUAGGGAGCAGACUCCAUCAAAAUCGAGUAACACCGGUGGUUUCCUGUCUGGCCUCUUGACACCGCCAAGUUCCCACGUCCGUCCCAAUGCUCUUCCCACUGGCGCUCCUCGCCCCUAUACUCAAAAUCGGCCCUUGAGAAGUCUCAACUCCACUCCUCGCCGAGGUUCCCUUCGUCAAGAAGUACCCGAAGAGCCACCCCGAACUCCUCCCCUCCUCCGCCGAUCUAGCUACGAUCACGAUGCCGAGCCCGGAAACUACGAAGAGGACAACUUUGCCACUGAUGAUAUCGAGAGUACUGUUGGAGGUAUGGUAUCGGCAGCACCUGGGGAUGUAGGCGAUGAGCCAUUUGGGCCACAGAUAUCCACUCUUUCGGAGGAGCUUGCUGAAGAGUAA